CUGUAAAAAAAAGAAAGUCGGUUCAAGAAUUAUUACCUAAAGUCCAAGCACUACAACGAAGUUCUAUCCGUACUUACGGAAAUACCUUACCUAACGGGGCUAACUUACAUAUUCCCUUCAUCUGUUGCGAUCAUUCCUGAUGUUCUUGACCCGCUGAAUAUCUUGGUCACUUGUUUUUAAUUGAGCAGCAUCUCCGAAUUGUUCGACCGGUCGCCAGCUUUCAACAAACACGUACUGGCUCCAUCACACUAUUACGUGGCAGCUCCCACAUCAACAGGUACUUCGUAGACCAACUCUAGCGGACAAAUUAGCCACCCACUUCUCUUUACGCUCCAUAGUGUCUUCGACGUGCCAUGGGCGCUCAACAAUCCUCUGGCCGAGACCAGAGCGAGAGCUCAUCCCAACCCGUCAAGACGUGUUACUAUGAGCUACUUGGAGUUGAGCGCGACGCUUCUGACGACGAAAUUAAGAAAGCUUACAGAAAACGAGCACUUGAGCUUCAUCCGGACCGAAACUUUCACGAUGUCCUGAACGCGACCCGUCGCUUCGCCGAAAUCCAGGCAGCAUACGAAGUCCUCGCCGAUCCCCAGGAAAAAGCUUGGUACGACUCUCAUCGCGAAGCUAUCUUGCGUGGGACCGAUCCGACCGAUUUAGGCAGUACUCCCGAGUACAACAAUGUGAAGCUCACGUCCACCGAAGAUAUAUUCUCCCUCAUUCGCCACUUUGAUUCCACCGUUCCCUUCACGGACGGUCCUACAGGGUUCUUCGGCAUCGCGAAGGCGACAUUCGACCAUCUUGUUGACGAGGAAAUCGCCGCUGGCGUCUAUGACGUGAGAGACACUCCAGAUUAUCCCACUUUUGGCUCCUCUACAGACAGCUAUGAGCACACUGUCAAGGCCUUCUACAGUGCCUGGGCGAGCUUCUCGACUCGCAAGACUUUUGCAUGGAAGGAUGAAUACCGACUCGUAGAGGCCCCAGAUCGUCGUAUCAGGCGUGCUAUGGAGAAGGAAAAUAAGAAGAUUCGUGAUGAAGCCAUACGAGAAUUCAACGAAGCAGUCAGAUUCCUCGUCACCUUUGUUCGAAAACGCGAUCCUCGUUAUCUUCCAAACACUCAAACAGCUGCCGAACGCCAGGAGUCUUUACGAUCCGCCGCUGCCGCUCAAGCCGCACGCUCACGUGCCGCCAAUAAAGAGAAGCUAUCCGAGGCUUUCGUUCCUGACUGGGCUCAGGCGAGGGAGGAUGGCGACGCGGCCGGCCACUUCUCAAGCAGCGAGGAGGAGGAAUCAGAGGUAGAGGAGAUCGAAUGCGUUGUAUGCAACAAGACUUUCAAGAGCGAGAAAUCAUUCGAGGCACAUGAGAGGAGCAAAAAACACAUAAAGGCAGUGCAGUACUUGAGGCGCCAAAUGAAGAACGAAGAUAUGGAUCUGGGUCUACGCGACGCUCCUAUCGCGCCUGCGAAAGAGAUGCCGAGCCACGAAUCUGGGGAGGAGGAGGAGGUUGAUUCUCAGGAACGUGGUCAAGAAGACGCCGUCAAGGGCAAGGAUGACACACCGGGAGAAUCAGCCUCUCAAAUCGAUGAGACAGAGCUCACUGAUACGUCGUCCGACAAUAUCGGAGAUGACGAGUAUGCUUCGCGUGCCGAGGUUGAGCAAAGGUUAUUCGCGGACGAUCCUACUCUCACCAGGGCGAGCCAGGGUGAUGGCACAAAAGCUGCUGCUGCUGCCGCUUCUGCUGCUGCUCAGACUGCAUCAGCCAGUCUAGAAGCUUUGUCACUUGACGAUGACAAUGAUAGUGACCACGGACCACAGCCAAAGAAGUUAGGGAAGGCCAAGGCGAAACGUGAAAAGAGAGCAGCACGCCAAGCAGUGGAGGAUGCCGAAACUAACACUAAUACAUGCAUUGUGUGUAAUGCAUCGUUUCCCUCCAAAAGCCAGCUCUUCAGUCACAUUCGCGAUCUUAAUCACGCCCGGCCAGCACCGAAUGCAAAAGCCCCAGCGGGUGCCAAGAAGAAGAGACGCUGAGUCAAUAUCUGUACUUAAGACUGAGCUGCCUUAGACGAUUAUCCAACGUUUGAAAAGCGAAGUCGCACCCCAAAUCGAAUCAAUGUCCAUACCCAACCAAUCCUGUGUCGCCCACCCUCGUGA